GCGGAGUAAACGAGCCCCGUUUGUAAUCAUGAGCGAAGUAACUUUUUCCGCGGAGCAACCGGGUCAGAACCAAGAAUUCAACGUCGAUAACAGUGCGGGUGAUGAAAUACACCCAAUGCCGAUGUUACUGGAAGUAAAAAUUGAUGAGCAGCCACAGAAUGAAAGAGUCCUGAUGGGUGAUUCAGAGUUCAUAGAUGCGUUGCCCAAACAGAGCUGUCAGAUUUCAAGUACAGAGUGUUUAUCAAGCAUGGCUGAGUUAAUGUCAACUAACCCAAACCAGAAUCUAACUGUCAACAUGGGAGGUGAGCUUACGUACUCAACAGCUGAAGAAAGCAGUGAAGUUUCAAGUACUACCGUGUCAAAGAGUCUAAUCAGCCAAUCAUGCGAGUUUCCAAGCCAAUCAGUCAUAACAAUGACUAACAGUCCAUCACAAUCCCAGGAAACGGUAACCUUGACAACCAUCAACCAAUCAGAUGUGGAAGAAGUGAGUCUGACAGGGGUCGGUCAGUCUCAUCUAUUCCAGAAUCCGCUACCAGUGAAUCGACACCUUUCUACACAGUCGUUUAUCCCAGACAGUACUCAAGCUAUUAUUACUGUAAAUGCGGAUAACGUAACUUGCAUGGAACAGGUUGGAUCUAGUGGGACGGAUAGUUUGCAGAUGACUGGUGAGCUAAAAAUUGCAGAUAGUACUAUCUCCGAGGAUGGGAAUCCAGUUAAUGCUCAUAGUAUUAUCAUACAUGACACGUACAUCACUUCUGAAGCUAUCGUGGAUCAAAGUGGGCAGGCUGAAGAACCAACAGCUAAGAAGACGAAGAAAGAAUUCAUAUGUAAUGUUUGUCAGAAGAGCUAUAGCACUCAUAGUUCAUUAAAGGUUCACUUGAUGUCACAUGUCGGAGCCAGGCCAUUCAAAUGUGAUCUCUGCAGUGCUACUUUUAAUCGUAUGGGAAACUAUACUAGACAUAGAUUGAUACAUACAGUUAAUACAAAUAAUGAUCACAGAUAUAAGUGUGAGUUUUGUGAACGUAAAUUUCUCCAGAAGUGUGAUUUGAAGAGACAUGUACAUAUUCAUGAUGGUAGCCAACCUUACCGGUGUCAGCUGUGUGCUAAGGGGUUUAUCAGGAAGUCUGAUCUCACUGUUCAUAUUCGAUUUCAUACUAAAGAGAAACCUUUUCAAUGCCAUGUAUGUAUGACAGCAUUUUUUCAAUCAGGGGAUUUAAAUCGACACUUGCGAAGUGUGCAUUCCAGUGUUGAAAGUUUAAAAUGUGGAUACUGUAAUGGGAAAUACGCCAAAGAAGCUACGUUGAUUAGACAUAUGCAGACAGCACAUCAUGAUAUUCUGCAGUCAGUAGCUACAGUGUUGAAGAAAAAACCAGCAAGUUCAACUAAAGUGUCAGAAGCUCCUGUUGCUGGCUGUAGUGGGGAAAACCAAUCUUCAUUGGAGGAAACAUCCAAAAAACAAACGGAAAAUGAAGAGCUUCAAAGUGUAUCUGACUCGGUGGAGCCCGGCACUAUUACUAAUGAGGAUGAAAGCAAAUAGAUUCUCUCUUCCUCAGUCAUGAUAAAACAAUUAUAGUUAAGAUAUUUAUUUUUGUAUCCAUUAAUAAAUAUUCAACCAAUUUUUUGCACGAGAAAUCAAGUGUCAAGCAUGCUGAGGAAUCAAUACUUGUGAUGUCAGCCAUUUUGUAUUUUCCAGUGUAUAGUUGAAAAGUAUUGCAUCAAACUUGAGUCAAUGUCUGAUUGGCUACCCAGCCCAGAUGUUCAGACCAAUCAGAGAGCAGCUUAUUUGAAAGGUUUUUUUAGACGUAUCAAUUUCUGCCUUGUACCGGUAUAUAUGCUUUGACUCAACUGUCAAACUAGGACUUUAAUAAUUGUUAGCAACCUUUUAUACAAUUCCAUUGUGAAACAACCAUCAGUGUUAUUGCUAACAAUUACAGUACUGUAAAAUACUUUAUUUUCGCUGAAGGAAUGAUCUGUGAAAAUAAAAUCCAGUGAAUAUACCUUUUUUUCUAUAUUUUACACAUUCAACUUGUCAAAAAUA